GUAAAUGUAUAUAUAUCCUCUUAUGAAUUUCAAAGGACUUGCAAAAAUCCCAUAAUCACUUUUAAGAAAGAAAGAAAAAAAUGUCAAUUUCAGUACUUCCCAUCUCCCAAUCGUCCCUGCCAAGAACUUCCCUUAUUCAUGGACAAAAUUUCACAGCAAACAAUCCCACUUGGAGAUGGGGACAGAAGUACUCUGUGAUCAGAUGCUGUAAUGGAAAAGACUGGACGAGAGUGAAGAAAGAGAAGAGUUAUUAUGAAUUGCUUGGUGUUUCAGUUGAUUCUCAACCCCAUGAAAUUAAACAAGCUUAUAGGAAUUUGCAAAAGAAGUAUCACCCAGAUAUUGCUGGCCAAAAGGGGCAUGAGUACACUCUUAUGCUGAAUAAAGCCUAUAAUGUUCUGAUGAGAGAGGAUGAAAGGUGCAAGUAUGAUGUUUCAAUUGGUGAAGUAGUGAGUAAUAGAAGAAACUUCAGCAGAAAUAGACCUGGCUUGGAUUACUACAGUACUUGGAAUGGACCCUUAAGAUCCCAAGCAUUGUUUGUAGAUGAAAAUGCAUGCAUAGGUUUAUUUAAACUUGGGUGCAGAGACUGUGUUCACCAUGCAAGUAAGACAUUCAUGAUGGAUGAAACUCUUGGAUGUGCUAGGGUUAAGGUACAAUUUGGGGACAAUGACCGAAACAUUGAGGUAUCGGUCGAUUCAUGCCCAGUGAAUUGCAUUCACUGGGUGGACAGUGAAGAAUUACCAAUGCUUGAGUUCCUUGUUAAACCUCAGCCGAAAGAAGGCUAUGGUGUAUUUGGAGGAGGGUGGGAGAGACCCAAAAAUGUUUUUAUGGCAGCUAAAUCCUUCAACAAACAACAGGAACAGCAGAAAACCAAUAGAUACCAGCAUCCAAACACUUCAUAUGAAGAAGAAACUCCUGCUCAAGCUGAAGCCCGCACUUAUGCAAGUAAGAAAAUAGAGAAGGAGAAGUUUUCAAGACUAUGGAAUUGGGCAAGAGAAGCAUUUGGUAAGAAUUCAGGGAAUGCAAAGUAAAUAUACAGCUCACUCCCUUUUGUAGAUCAAUAUAGCCUGCACUUGCCUGUUCCAGCACAAACAGCACAUUCAUCUGCAUCCCCAGCAACAUGGCUUAAGCAGUGUUUAAUCCUAUCAUCGACCACAUUCUGCGACCAAGCACUAUAUUACCUACUAAAUACAGCCUUACUAAUAACUAAAUGUAAAAAUCUACCCUAAGAAACCAUAGAUAGUUGAUCACUUGAUCCUAUGUCUGCUGUUUUUCAGUUCAUAAUUGUUCUAGUUAGAUCACAGGGAAUUAAUUUAUGUUGUACAAUAUUAUAAAAUAAAUAGCAAUUUUUUUUUAUUCA